UUUCUCUCUUCGCUGCGCCCGGUGCCUUCUCUUCUGGUGAACUUGCCCCUGGAACGCAGCCGUCAAGAUGAUGUGCGAAGUGAUGCCGACCAUCAACGAGGACAACCGCCGGGGCUCCACCUACAGCUCCGACGAUGCGAACUUUGAACAGCUGAUGGUGAACAUGCUCAACGAGCGGGAAAGAUUGUUAGAGACGCUCAGAGAGACGCAGGAGAGCCUUGCAACGGCCCAACUGCGCUUGCGGGAGCUCGGACACGAGAAAGAGUCCCUUCAGAGGCAGCUGAACAUCGCGCUUCCACAGGAGUUUGCGGCGCUCACCAAGGAAUUAAAUCUUUGUCGGGAACAGUUAUUGGAGAGGGAAGAAGAAAUUGCCGAGCUCAAAGCAGAACGGAACAACACUCGGCUGCUGUUGGAGCACUUGGAGUGUUUGGUGUCCCGGCACGAGAGAUCACUGAGGAUGACCGUGGUGAAGCGGCAGGCGCAGUCACCGGCCGGGGUCUCCAGCGAGGUCGAGGUCUUGAAAGCUCUGAAGUCCCUCUUUGAACAUCACAAGGCCCUGGAUGAAAAGGUGCGAGAGCGCCUUCGUGUGGCCCUUGAAAGAGUGGCUGUGUUGGAAGAGGAGCUUGAGAUGUCAAGUCAAGAGUCUCUCUCGCUUCGAGAACAGCUCGCGAGGAGAAGGUCCGGAAUCGAAGACAGCAGUAAGGAUGGAGACUCCCAAAGCUCUUCCCUCCACAAUGGCUCCUCUCACCUGGAGCUGCGCGGCAGCCGUGAAUCUGAGCUGGAGGAGAUGGUGGAGAAGCAGAGGCUGGAGUUGUGCCAGCUUAAGGAGCGACUGACCAUGAUGUGCCGACAAAUGGCUGAACUGGAAGAGGAGCUUAACACGGCGCAGAAGGACCUCAUCAAAUCAGAAGAAGUCAGCUCCAAAUUACAGCGCGACGUGAAGGAGGCUCUGGCACAAAGGGAAGACAUGGAGGAACGCAUAACCACCCUAGAGAAGCGUUAUUUGAGUGCACAGAGAGAAGCCACGUCCCUUCAUGAUGUCAACGACAAGCUGGAGAAUGAGCUGGCAAGCAAAGAUUCCCUCUACAGACAGAGCGAGGAGAAGAACCGGCAGCUACAGGAGUGGCUGGAAGACGCCAAGCAGAAACUGCAGCAGACCCUGCAGAAGGCAGAGACGCUCCCAGAGAUCGAAGCUCAGUUGGCCCAGCGAGUGGCCGCUCUCAGCAAGGCGGAGGAACGACAUGGAAACUUUGAAGAGCGUCUCCGGCAGCUCGAAGCUCAACUGGAAGAAAAGAACCAGGAGCUGCAACGGGCUCGCCAGAGGGAGAAGAUGAACGAUGAACACAACAAGCGCCUCUCGGAGACCGUCGAUAAACUACUUUCCGAGUCGAACGAGAGGUUACAACUUCACCUCAAGGAGCGGAUGGGUGCUUUGGAGGAAAAGAACACUCUCUCCGAGGAGAUAGCUAACAUGAAAAAACUGCAGGAUGAGCUUCUUCUCAACAAGGAGCAGCUGGUGACUGAAAUUGAAAGGAUGCAGUUGGAGAUUGACCAGCUGCGGGGAAGACCUUCGUCCACGUACUCCAGGUCUCUACCUGGCAGUGCCUUAGAGUUGCGUUACUCUCAGGCACCAACUCUACCCAUGGGAAGCCAUAUGGACCACUACAGCGGCUCAUCGGUGAUCCGCCGGCCCAAGAAAGGACGCUGGGCCUCCUUGAAGGAUGAUCCAACCAAGAUCCAAACUUUGGACGAGCAGGAGUGGGAGCGAGCGCAGCAGGCCAACGUGCUGGCAAACGUCGCCCAGGCGUUCGAAGGUGACUUGGACGGCUCCGAUGAAGACGACAGAGACACCAUCUUCAGCUCGGCCGAUCUGCUGUCUCCCAGCGGCCAGACCGACGUGCAGACGCUGGCUAUCAUGUUGCAGGAGCAACUAGAGGCCAUCAACAAAGAGAUCAAAUUAAUCCAGGAGGAGAAGGAGACGACGGAACUGCGUGCCGAGGAAAUCGAGAGCAGGGUCACCAGCGGGACCCUCGACGGGUCGCUCGGACGCUAUCGAUCAGCCAGCUCCAUCCCGACCUCCGUGACCACCUCCACCCUGGCCAGCCCAUCGCCCCCCAGCAGCGGCCACUCUACCCCGCGGAUCACCCCCCACAGCCCCGCCAGAGAGGGAGAGAAAUUUAAUCACGUUCCCAAGGAAGAUGGGCGAGAUGAAAAGGCUUUGAUGCAGUGCGAGACGACCCCGCCGCUCACGCCCCGCGCGGUGCGGCUGGAACGCAUGACGCAAGCCCUGGCUCUCCAAGCCAGCCCGUCGGAGGACGGGAGAGAGUCGCGGGCCAGCCUGGGAGCUGACGGACUUGGCGGGACCAACAGCACCAGUCAAGAUUCCCUGCACAAAGCUGCCAAAAAGAAGAGCAUCAAGUCAUCCAUCGGCCGCCUGUUUGGCAAGAAAGAGAAAGGCCGUAUGGGGCAGAUGGGACGGGAAUCCUCCUCCCUGGCCGGAACGCCAUCAGAGGAGAUGUCUCCUUCUGACCCGAUGGGUCUCUCCAAGCUGGCAGGGCCUGUGGACAAGGACCGUCGGAACAAGAAGAAACACGAGCUCCUGGAAGAAGCCUGUCGGCAGGGGCUCCCGUUUGCGGCCUGGGAUGGACCCACUGUUGUUUCGUGGCUUGAGCUGUGGGUUGGGAUGCCAGCCUGGUACGUAGCGGCCUGCCGCGCCAAUGUUAAAAGUGGAGCCAUAAUGGCCAACCUUUCCGACACCGAAAUCCAGAGAGAGAUCGGCAUCAGCAAUCCGCUCCACCGCCUGAAACUACGUCUCGCCAUCCAGGAGAUGGUGUCCCUCACGAGCCCCUCUGCUCCAGCAACCUCGCGUACGUCAACGAGCAACGUGUGGAUGACCCACGAAGAGAUGGAAACCUUAACAGUGACCACUAAACCCGAGACUAAGGAGAUCAGCUGGGAACAGAUCCUUGCGUACGGUGACAUGAAUCACGAGUGGGUGGGAAAUGAUUGGCUGCCGAGCCUCGGUUUGCCCCAGUAUCGUAGCUACUUCAUGGAGUCGUUGGUGGACGCCCGAAUGUUGGAUCACCUGAACAAGAAGGAGCUUCGCGGCCAACUGAAAAUGGUGGACAGCUUCCACAGAGUGAGUCUCCAUUAUGGUAUCAUGUGCCUAAAGAGACUGAACUACGAUAGGAAGGAACUGGAGAGGAGGCGAGAAGAAAGUCAGAACCAACUCAAAGAUGUCAUGGUAUGGUCCAAUGAGAGGGUCAUGUGCUGGGUGCAGUCCCUGGGGCUGAAGGAAUAUGCCAACAACCUACAUGAGAGCGGGGUACAUGGAGCCCUCAUCGCUUUGGAUGACACCUUUGACUGCAACGACCUGGCUCUUUUACUACAGAUCCCGACACAGAACACCCAGGCUCGCCAAGUAUUGGAGAAGGAAUUUAGCAAUCUCAUAACCAUGGCGACGGAGCGGCGACUUGAUGAGGAUGCCGCCAAGACUUUCAGCCGCUCUCCCUCGUGGCGGAAGAUGUUCCGGGAGAAAGACUUGCGAGGAGUUAGCCCGGAUUCAGCUGAGAUGUUGCCGGCUAAUUUCAGGACCGCGGCCGUCUCCUCCAUUACCUCACCGGCUGUACAGCUCCGCAAGAUGCAGUCUGAAGGAAGCACUUCCAGCAGCCAGCGCCCCGACAAUGUCUCAGUCAGAACCUAUUCCUGUUAAUGCCGUCCAGACGCGGCAACGUUAUUGGGGCAAUAAGGUCACUGAGCGCACUUUUAUUUUUUCAUUCAGUCGCUUUGCCAGACGGGCUUGGCAUGUAUGAUUCUUUUCCCUACAAUGGCACAUUAUCGCUGGGCCGGUCUGGACACAUCUCUGUGUCAACGCUAAAGGAAUUGCGGAGCCAACAAGACUCGGAGACGUUC